AUUACAGCUGUGUCAAUGUUCUAUGUACGUGAACUUUUCAAUUUUGCGAACAAAACAAAUAAGAGCACCUGUACACGAAUUUCUCUAAUGUGGGAUGUUAUUUGGAUGUAAUUUUUAGUUGAUAUUUGCGACGUACUCAGAAACAUAUCAGUUUCGGUCUGUUUUAUUUUAUUGGAAAUCGCAAAAUUUUCUUCGGAGUAGUUUCUUUCAUUAUUUUAUCAAUUUGUGGUCGACGAAAGACGAAUUGUGAAUGUAUUUUGAAUGGUAAAAAUAGAUGAAAUUGAAUUGAGUUCGAAUUCUUGAAUUAAUUCAAAAAAUGCUAUCGUUGCCAUGCUGAAAAUUCCAGAUUUUAUGGUCCACUACCACUCAUCAGAUCUCUUGCUGCGUAGCUGCGUCUUCGUUCUGCCUCUUCAUCUUCAUCUUUUGCAAUUACUUCGUUCAUCACCUCAUCGCUUACUCAUGAUCAAGAACCGCAGUUAAAAUGUAUGAAUUAUCCUCCAAGACAAUAUCUUCGAAAGAAAGACUCACAUCGAGAUUUUACUUCGUCCAACCAAUCCAUUCCGGUGUAUUAUUAAACACCGAUGAUCCAGAAUACGAAUACUUCAACGCUAAAUAUCUUUCGUUUUCUUCGAACCCUCUAGCACACUCGGAUUCACAUUCAAAACCAAAAUUCACGAAAGUUUGCGAAUUUUGCGUCAAUCCGGUUUUUCAAACCAACAAUGGAUACGAAGUUUGCCCAUGUGGAAAAACCUCAGAAACUCGUUCACAUUCGGUGAAAGAAACUGAACAUCGACAAUCGAGUUCUGAGAAGUCAUCCGAAGAAAUCGACGACAGUUUUAAAAAACAGAAGAUUAUUCAAGUCACCAGGAGUUACAGUUGCGAUGAGAAUAACGAUGAAAAUUUUAGAAGAGAUAACAGAAGAGUUUCUAUUCUAGUCGACGAAUUGCUGUUGAAAAUUUACGGCGGUAAUAGGAAAUUCAGCUCGGACGGUACAGAUUUUAGAGAUACCGUUGAUUACAGUACAGAUUCGUCGAAUAGUUUUAUAUCCAAUAAACCUAACGUUUUGUUGAAGAAGAAACGAUCGUUCAGUGGAAUUUCCGAAGAAACGUACCAGAAAUGGAAUGCAUUUAUUAGAGCCAGACUUAUGAGUAAAAGUUUAAAUGAAUUGAGGAUUUUAAAGAAGACGCUCGAGUACAACAUAUCUCACGCCGGAAGGCAAUUAAUAUGUCAAUUAAAACGCAGAGAUCUUUUAUUCUCCCGUCGGGAUGCUCAGUACGAUAUUCUUACAGCUUUCUUGCAAGCUAAAUCGCCGAAACGAAGUGAAGAUACGAAAAUGCAGUUCAGCAUGAAACCAAAUGCCGGAGAAAGUGGUUUCCAGCAGUGGCACAGUGCUAUGAAAAUGGUCGCAAGGUUGCCGGGAGGUAUUCCGCACGAGUUCCGCAAAACGCUAUGGUUAACUUUGGCCGAACGGCAUAUUUCGUCGAGAAAAAUAAAUUGGAAUCAAGUCGAAAGGACCUGUUUCAACGAUACCACUAAUCCAGACGAUGAAGAAUUGGGAGUACAAAUUGUAAAGGACCUCCACAGAACCGGUUGCAGUCUAUUUUGCGGCACAUCAGGAGAACAAAAUCAAGCAGUUUUAAAACGAGUCCUGCUGGCGUACGCACGUUGGAAUAAAUCGGUCGGAUAUUGCCAAGGAUUCAACAUGCUGGCAGCCUUGAUACUAGAAGUUAUGGAUAGAUGCGAAUACGAUUCUCUAAAGGUUAUGAUAUAUUUGAUCGAAGGUGUUUUACCGGAGAGCUAUUUUGCCAACAGUUUACGCGGAUUGUCUAUCGAUAUGGCAGUGUUUAGAGAUUUGCUGAGGCUCAAGUUACCAGAAUUGUCGAAACAUUUGGAGCAAUUGCAGACUGGAAGUAAUGAUACAGGCAACACGUACGAGCCACCUUUGACCAACGUGUUCACAAUGCAGUGGUUUUUAACAUUAUUUUGUAACUGCCUACCUCAUUCGACCGUGCUGAGGGUAUGGGAUCUGGUGUUUUUAGAAGGAAAUCAAGUCUUGCUUAAAACCGCUCUGGCUAUUUGGGAUACAUUAUCAGAUCGAAUCAUGCCGGUGAAAAGCGCCGAUGAAUUUUACACCGUUAUGGGCGUAUUAACCAGGGAAAUGUUGGAAUUUGGUUUGAUGGAUGCGAAUUCACUUAUCAAGACUAUAACGAGCAUUGAACUAUCCGAAUUGACCGAGUUGAGAGAACGGUAUAUUUACAAUAUAACACCGUGGACGCAGGUGGCACGCAAAGGUCUACGAUUAUUUUACAGCGAUGACGAAAUGGACGACAGUGACGAGGAGCAAAACGAUGAUAAAGUUUCGGAAGGAGCUUACGGCUUUCUAAAAGCAGCCACUAAACAUGGUUCGCAGUCUAUUCGUAGUAUUUCACCUUCGUCAAUUUUGAGCCCAUUUGCCAGCGAAAAGGAGAAAAUUGCUUUAGACAUUUCGGCGCUCAAGAAACAAUAUAGCAAAAUAAAAGAACGACAAAGACAAGCUCAAAUCAUUUUCACCGCUGCUUGUAACACUCACGGAUUAAUGGGUUCAAUGGUGCCAUCGACUCAGGGUCCGGCUAUAAACCAUUUACUUGUGAGUAAACCAUCGAAUGCUACAAAAAAUCAGAAACCUCAAAAACAGCCUCCCAUUUCACGAGCUGUUCAACGACUGAAAGAAUCAUCUUCCUCGAUCGGCGACGAAACAUCCAAGGAUCGAGGCGAAACCGUGUAUUGGGAUAAACGUACGAAAAAGAAAAGACGCAGACGACGUGCUGAAGUCGUAAGCUCUAAAACAGGUGAUACGAAAGAAACGCCGGAAAAUAACGUGGACUCGGAUUCGUCGUCGUCGUCGAGCUCGUCGUAUUCUUCAGCGUCGAUGAAAUCAUCCACGUCUACCGAACUUUGCGACGAUAUGACUGAAUUCGAUUCGGAUAACACAAGCUUAAGCGAAUACGGCUCCAGCCCUGUAUGCCGAUUACAAUCCCCUAGUCUUUCUUUUCACGACGAAGAUAAACCAUCGGCAGUCGAUUCAACCGAACUGGCUAUGUCGUCCGAAGUUGACCUAAACCCAUCAGUCGAGGAAGUCUCAACCGGGUACAACGAAGGCGACAAUAUACUCAACGUUUUGCUCACCACUUCGAUACUCGUCAGCGAGCAAAUGAACCAGCAAGAAUCGGUCGCCGAUACGCUAGACGAGCAACCAAUUAUUAAAGACGAAUAUGGCCGUUACAACGAUAGCGAUGAGUCUAUUAUCGCCAACGUAAACAGCAACGAAUUCAACGUAAAAAUAGACGAACCUAAAUGUGAUACUCAAAUCGAGCGUUAUUUUCAACGUGAUACUAAUUACGAAAGCGAUAACGUGAUAUCUGCUCAGCAUCACGAUACGAACGAUGGAAUAUUCAAUACUCACGUGUCCGAGUCGCUGGUCUCGAAAAACGAACAACUCGAGACUGCUCUAGAGCAUAUGAAAAUAGACGCUUUGGAGAUACUUUUCUCGACGAGUACUUUGGAGAGUAUCAGAAACGAGAGUAUACCUCAGUACGAGGAGAAUUUCGCCAAUUUCGAUGUCCCUGUGAUCGUAACCGAGACUGAAAAGAGCUUCGAAAUGUCUCCUGUGGAUAAAUUCGAUCGAGAGAUUAGUCAAUUAACGUCGUUCGUGCCGCAUUUCGAUGACCAGGCUGUUGAAAGUGGAGCCAAGUCGAGUAUAGAAUUCGAUAAUUUAAUUAAUCAGAAUGAGAAUAUAAUUCGCGAAUCGAAUAAUACGCUCGAAGAGUUCCUAAGUCAGUCUUAUCAUCGUGAUGAUGUUUCGAAUGAUGUCAACGUUGAUCGAGAUGAGCCAAAAAGUAGUUAUAACCAUGCGAUCGAUGAUCUUGAUCUGGUUAAAGAUCGAUUCGCUGAAAAUAAUGAUAUAUUUAGUGAUAAAGAAGCUUUCAGUUUGUCCAACUUUCAAAUUAACUCGACGUAUUCGAACGAAAGCUCCAAGUAUAACGAUUUAUUAGAUUUUAGUAAAGAUUUAUCAUCGUCUUCGCUGCCUGCAGUUUCUCAAUCACCAGAUGUGACUGAAACGUCGAGUAAUUUGCUGGAAAAUUUGAAUGAUUUGAACGGCGAUCGUGAAGAUAACAGUAAGAUCGAUUCGAUCGAUGUGAUCUCAUCCCUUGAGACUGGUUCUGACUUCAAUUCGAAGCCACUUUCGUUCGAUAAUGUCUUCGAUAAUAAUCAUUCGAAUUUUAACUCGUCUUUUUACCAAUCUACUGAAACUGAAAGCUCAUCACGUUUCAACGAACCUAACUCUGAUCCUAUCCUGAAUUUGAAUUACGAAUCAACAUCGACAAUGUUACCAACCAAAGACGAUUACAACUGCAGAUCAUACCUACCCGAAUGUGAGCAACAAUUCGCCGUUAAUUCGUCCUCAACGAACGACUUAUGCCCCGAUUUACUCAGCCAACAGAAUGAUUCGAAUAACUUAAACAAUACGGAAACCGCAUUACGAAACAUAUUACGUGAAAAUACCGAAGUCUUGAAACGAGUCUACAAAUACGCUUCCUCUCAAAGCUGUGAUUUUGAUUCUGCAUCUUCGUCGUAUCGUGAAACUACCAGUUCGGAUGGCGAAAGAGACGGUGUUAGUUUACCCAGAUCUCGUCUCAAAACCAAAGAUAUUAAAUUCUUGUCUCUUGAUUACCCUUCGAAUCAGAUACCGGAGUCGAAAAAACGCCCUAGAAGGAAACACAAAUCGUUGGAUAGCUUAAAUACGAAAAAAUCCAAAUUAAAAAUAGGUCUGGUGAGUAAAAAUUGCAAAUGGAUAUCGAUCUCGAUUGAUAACUCUGAUCUAGCCAUGUUUAACAUUCCGUCUGGCAACGAAUCGAGUAAUAAAUCGGUCAAAUGCACCAACGACGAGUAUACGAAUUCAUCGAAUAGUAAAUACCUAGUCGGUAAUGUACCGAGUACGUAUGGUAAUCGUAUGGCGGAUAAAAGUGAUAAGAACUCGUCCGAGUACCUGCAUUUGAAUUUCGAUAUUAUCGGCUCGACAACGAAAAAGAAAAAAGACCCUAUACAGGAGUACGUGAACAAGAAGAACACCUUGUCGCAAAGUUUCAAAUCGCCUAAUGAAUUAGCUCCGCUUAAUUUCAACCCUUUCCCAUCCAGAUCUAAUAAUCGGCCGCCGAAAGAACUCGGAGUCAAAUUAGGCUUGUAUUCUUCCAAUAAAACUAAAUAAGACAAUAAUUUAUGUAUUUAUUCAUCUCCCUUUUCCUUUUUUUUCUCCUCUAUUUUUCUCUUUUUUAAAAAUCUUGUUCCCGCGUGUGUUUUUCGCGUGUUUCUUUUAAUCUCAUUUACCUACCUACCUUUUUUUUGUGUAUAUUUGUCCGCUAUAUUCUGUAUUUUAAUUUGUUUUAUUAAAAAAUAUUUUUCGUGA